AUGCAGAAGUUUCUUUUAUUUUGCUAUGUGUUCCUUACUGUUGCGCAAAGUGCUGACUUCACGGUUGCGGGAAGAGUCAAAUGCAAGUUGGAUGGGCCGUCUGGCCAUACAUCCGGGACUGUUCAACUGUCGGACCACGACGUUGACUCCAGUGGCUUUAUGAUUCAAGUCCCCUUGAAGGACAACGUGUUUGGUGGGCUUAACUUUUCCGAGUCUGCCAUUUUCGACGGUUCCGAGCCGUAUUUGCUGAUCUUCCACGACUGUCACAAAGGCCUCCGUGCGGAAGGGAAGAGGCUGGCCAGGGAAUGCCAAGCCAUUUCGCGGUCUCGCUUCAACCCGCCUGGCAAGCCCGAAAUCUGGCUCGACUUUGAUCUGGAUUCCACGACGGAGACCCAACUGCGAUGUACGCAGUCGGACAGACUUCUCCAUCCGCAGGCGACGACUGCAACGGCGGUCGAAGAAACGGACAAACCAGAAGAAAGCGUUGAUUACAAAUCAACUGAAGCUAAAGAAACUAGCGACUGA